UUGAUUUCCUAAUCAGGUUUGAUGUGAGAGACCGGUUAUACAUGUAUGUGAUUCUCCCGGUGUGCGUCUUUGAUUCAUACGCUAAUUACGUCGAUCCUUUGGGGAGCACAACCACGGAGCUGGGUCCUCCUUGAUUAAUGUUGGCAGAGAGCCACACAGCGAGCGCGCGCGCAGGGGAGAGCAGCUCAGCAGCUUCAGUCCCAGCUGAGAAUAUGGUCCCAUUAUCUCCCAGCUGCCUAACCAAUCCAUAAGGGCCUGUUCUGCGUGGAUGAUCAGUGUAGUGGAAAGAGGGACUCGCUGAGAGCUGAAAUCUCUGUUUGAUUUGCUGUAACAUGUAAGAGGAACCGCGAAGUUGUACUUUACAGUCUAUUAAAGGUUGCACAAAGCUUAAAAGGAACAGAAGCAGCAGUUCUAUUCACUUGUUAUUGGACUUGAAACUCCUUUGACCUCGGAAGCUGAAGAUGAGGUUGCCAUGGGAACUGCUAGUGCUGCAGUCAUUCAUGUUGUGCCUUGCAGAUGACUACACACUGCAUGGCCCAGUUUUUGUUCAAGAACCAAGUCAUGUCAUGUUUCCUUUGGAUUCUGAAGAGAAAAAAGUGAAACUCAGUUGUGAAGUUAAAGGGAAUCCAAAGCCACACAUCAGGUGGAAGUUAAAUGGAACAGAUGUUGAUAUUGGUAUGGAUUUCCGCUACAGUGUUGUUGACGGCAGCUUGUUGAUCAAUAACCCCAAUAAAACCCAAGAUGCUGGAACGUACCAGUGCAUAGCAACAAACUCAUUUGGAACAAUUGUAAGCAGAGAAGCAAAGCUUCAGUUUGCUUAUCUUGAAAACUUUAAGACAAGAACGAGAAGCACAGUGUCAGUCCGUCGAGGUCAGGGAAUGGUCCUUCUGUGCGGCCCGCCACCCCAUUCUGGAGAGUUGAGCUAUGCCUGGAUCUUCAAUGAAUACCCUUCCUAUCAGGAUAACCGCCGCUUCGUUUCUCAAGAGACUGGGAAUCUGUAUAUUGCCAAAGUGGAAAAAUCUGAUGUUGGUAAUUACACCUGUGUGGUUACCAACACUGUGACCAACCACAAGGUCCUUGGACCACCCACACCACUAAUCCUGAGAAAUGAUGGGGUGAUGGGUGAAUAUGAGCCCAAAAUAGAAGUACAGUUUCCAGAAACCGUCCCAGCUGAGAAAGGAACAACAGUCAAACUGGAAUGUUUUGCCUUAGGAAACCCAGUCCCAACUAUUCUAUGGCGAAGAGCUGAUGGAAAGCCAAUAGCAAGGAAAGCCAGAAGACAUAAGUCAAAUGGAAUUCUGGAAAUUCCCAAUUUUCAGCAAGAAGAUGCUGGUUCAUAUGAAUGUGUGGCUGAAAACUCCAGAGGCAAAAAUGUAGCCAAGGGACAGUUGACUUUUUAUGCUCAACCUAACUGGGUUCAAAUAAUAAAUGAUAUCCACGUGGCCAUGGAAGAGAGUGUCUUCUGGGAAUGUAAAGCAAAUGGGAGGCCCAAGCCUACCUACAGAUGGCUAAAAAAUGGUGACCCACUGUUAACACGGGAUAGAAUACAAAUCGAGCAAGGAACACUCAACAUAACAAUAGUGAAUCUCUCAGAUGCUGGCAUGUACCAGUGUGUGGCAGAGAAUAAACAUGGAGUUAUCUUUUCCAGCGCUGAACUUAGUGUAAUAGGUGAGUCUUUAAAGUGGAAAGACUAAAAGAAGGAAAUCUC